AUGGACGUGGUGCCCAAAGUGUACCAUUUAAAUGCUGAAUAUAAACAAAAUAUAAAUAAAAGUUUUUUUUCCACAGAUGGGGCUGCAGGGGGGCCCGCGGGGGAGCUCCAGAGGUCAGACACCCUCAACUCCACAUGUUCGGCUGGCGCACGCAGGAGGGCCGGCGGAGCCAAGAAGCAGAUGCAAGCCAACAAGUCCAAACUCCGAGCACCAAGAGCUCUGUGCUGCCUUACGCUCAGCAAUCCCAUCCGCAUGGCCGCCCUAGCCCUUGUGGAGUGGAAAUAUCCUUCGUUGGCUCCCUUUGAUAUAUUCAUCUUGCUAGCCAUCAUUGCUAACUGUGUAGCCCUUGGUGUGUCACGACCUUUUCCCGAAGACGAUUCCAAUGCCACCAAUCACAAUCUGGAAAAAGUAGAAUACAUCUUUCUAGUUAUUUUCACCAUUGAAACCUUCACAAAGAUCCUGGCCUAUGGUCUGGUCAUGCACCCCAGUGCCUACAUCCGCAGCGGCUGGAACCUGCUGGAUUUCAUCAUUGUCAUUGUUGGGCUGUUUAGCGUUGUAGCAGAGAUGGGGGAACCCAAACACGGAGAUGCCCAUCAUGCAUCCGGUAAACCAGGAGGCCUGGAUGUCAAAGCUCUCAGAGCUUUCAGAGUACUCCGACCUCUGCGCUUGGUCUCUGGCGUGCCCAGUCUGCAGAUUGUGCUGAACUCCAUCAUGAAGGCUAUGGUUCCUCUGUUUCAUAUUGGUCUGCUGGUCAUGUUUGUCAUAAUCAUUUAUGCCAUUAUUGGCCUGGAGCUCUUCAUUGGCAAAAUGCACAAGACAUGCUACUUUGUCAGGACAGAACUUUACGUGGAGGAUGAUCCCACACCGUGUGCAUUUGCCGGUAAUGGCCGUUUCUGUGUGGGUAACAAUACUGAGUGUAGGGGUUCCUGGGAAGGCCCUAACGGCGGCAUCACAAACUUCGACAACAUCUUUUUCGCCAUGCUUACUGUUUUCCAGUGCAUUACUAUGGAGGGAUGGACUGAUGUUUUGUACUGGAUGAAUGAUGCGAUUGGUUUUGAGCUGCCCUGGAUUUAUUUUGUGUCCCUAGUCAUCUUUGGCUCCUUCUUUGUUCUAAAUCUUGUUUUGGGUGUUUUGAGCGGUGAGUUCUCUAAGGAAAGAGAGAAGGCCGUGUGUCGUGGUGAGCUUCAAAAGGCUCAGGAGAAACAGCAGAUGGAAGAGGAUAUGGUGGGCUACAUGGACUGGCUUAUUGAGGCUGAGGAUAUGGAUGAAGAUGGCAAUAAGCGUGCUGUGGUGGCAAAGAAAAAGAUGAUGAAGAAAUAUGGCUGGUAUAAACACAGUGAAGAUGGAGAAUCAGAUUCCGACUCAGAGUUCGAGGCUUUCCUAGACGAUGAUAAUGGCUGCUGUGCUUCUAUACAGGCCAAACUGCUGACUAUAAGCUUUUGUGAGCAGCUCUACCAUUUGAACUUAGUCCUAAGGAAGAACUGCCGCGUGGCAGUGAAGUCCACUAACUUCUACUGGCUGGUGUUGCUGCUGGUCUUCCUCAACACAACGGCGAGUGCUUCAGAGCAUUACGGCCAGCCCAAGUGGCUCACCGAUAUACAAGGUGUGUGCAGACACACACCAACUUCCAAUAAACGAGCCAACAAGAUCCUGCUGGCCCUGUUCACCCUGGAGAUGCUGAUGAAGAUGUACAGCUUCGGCUUCCAGGUCUACUUCAUAGCGCUCUUUAAUCGGUUUGACUGCUUUGUGGUGUGUGGUGGGAUACUCGAGACAGUACUCGUGGAGAUGGACGUUAUCCCCCCUAUUGGUAUAUCUGUGCUGCGCUGUGUCCGUCUCCUCCGCAUCUUCAAAGUUACCCGUUUCUAUAUGUUCAACAUAUUUUUUCCUUUGUUCUCUUCCUUUCUCAGUCACUGGGCUGCUCUAUCAGAUCUCGUCAGCUCUCUGCUGAACUCGAUGAAAGCCAUUUGUUCCCUGCUGCUGCUGCUUUUCCUCUUCCUCAUCAUCUUUGCCCUGCUGGGCAUGCAGCUGUUUGGUGGCAAGUUCAACUUUGAUGAGACCCAGAUGAAGAGAAGCACAUUCGACACCUUUCCCUCUGCUUUGCUCACUUGUUUCCAGAUUCUUACUGGAGAGGACUGGAACUCCGUUAUGUAUGAUGGCAUCAUGGCAUACGGAGGCCCCAUUUUCCCCAACAUGAUCGUUUGUAUCUACUUCGUCAUUCUUUUUGUCUGUGGUAACUACAUCCUGUUGAAUGUCUUCUUGGCUAUUGCUGUGGAUAACUUAGCAGGAAAUGGCAAAAAGAAAAAAGAAGAAAAACCAGAAGAGGAAGAGUGGGAAGAUGAUGAAGACAGGGAUGAUGAUGAAGCUGGAAAUGAUGCGGAUGACUGGGAGGAGAGUGAAGAGCUGAGAGCAAUUGAGGGCCUUGAGGGUGCUGUGCCGAUGAAAGUGGAAAGUUUUCAGCCCAAAGAGAAAAUUGUCCCCAUACCUGAUGGGAGCUCCUUCUUCAUUCUAGGCAAGAAAAACUGCCUCAGAGUUGCUUGUCACAACCUCAUCUACAAUCCUUACUUUACCAACUUCAUCCUCCUCUUCAUCAUCCUUAGUAGUUUCUCACUGGCUGCUGAGGACCCAAUCAAAACUCAUUCGGUUCGGAACAUUAUGCUCGGCUAUGCUGAUUAUGUCUUCACCACUGUCUUCACCAUCGAGAUUAUACUGAAGAUGACCGUGUAUGGUGCGUUCCUUCAUCAAGGCUCCUUCUGCAGAAAUGCUUUCAAUCUCUUGGACCUGCUGGUCGUCAGCGUGUCUUUAACGUCCUUCUUCCUGCAGUCGAGUGCCAUCUCUGUUGUAAAGAUUCUGCGAGUACUGCGAGUGCUCAGACCUCUCCGAGCCAUCAACCGAGCAAAGGGACUCAAGAGCGUGAUCCAGUGUGUGUUUGUGGCCAUCCGCACCAUAGGCAACAUCCUCAUUGUCACUACCCUCCUGCAGUUCAUGUUUGCCUGCAUUGGAGUGCAGCUCUUCAAGGGACGUUUUUAUAGAUGCACUGAUGAGGCCAAACACACCCCAGAGGAAUGCAAAGGCACGUUUGUGGUGUAUAAGGAAGGCGAUAUGAAUCAUCCAAUGGUGAGGGAGAGGUUCUGGGUGAACAGCGAUUUUAACUUUGAUAACGUGCUGAUGGGCAUGCUGGCUCUUUUCACCGUCUCUACAUUUGAAGGCUGGCCACAGAUUUUAUAUAAAGCCAUCGAUGCUAACGCUGAGAACAGAGGCCCCAUCUACAACUGCCGUGUGGAGAUCUCAAUCUUUUUCGUCAUCUACAUCAUCAUCAUCGCCUUCUUCAUGAUGAACAUCUUCGUGGGCUUCGUCAUCAUCACGUUCCGCGAACAAGGAGAGGUCGAGUUCAAAAACUGCGAGUUGAACAAAAAUCAAAGGCAGUGUGUAUAUUAUGCUCUGAAAGCCCAACCUAUAAAGAUCUACAUACCUAAAAACCCAUCGCAGUUAAAGUUCUGGAGGAUCAUCAACUCCUCUCAGUUUGAAUAUAUCAUGUUUGUUCUCAUUCUGCUCAAUACACUUACGCUGGCUGUACAGCACUAUGAGCAGUCGAAGCGCUUCAACUCGGUCAUGGACAUCCUGAACAUGAUCUUCACCACACUCUUCACUAUUGAGAUGAUCAUCAAACUUCUCGCUCUGCGACCAUACCACUAUUUUAUAGAUGCCUGGAAUUCUUUUGACGCCUUGAUAGUGGUGGGAAGUUUGGUCGACAUCAUGAUUGCGGAGUUUAGUGGUGGUGGAGGCCAUGGAGAGGGGAAGGGGGAUGGGGAAAAUGCCAAGGUGUCUAUUACUUUCUUUCGGCUCUUCCGAGUCAUGCGAUUGGUCAAGCUGCUCAGCAAAGGGGAGGGCAUUCGUACGCUUCUCUGGACUUUCGUGAAAUCCUUACAGGCUUUGCCAUAUGUCGGCCUGCUCAUCGCUAUGAUCUUUUUCAUUUAUGGUGUGAUCGGGAUGCAGACAUUUGGGAAGAUUGCUAUAGAUGACGACACAGAGAUCAAUCGCAACAACAACUUCCAGACCUUUUUCAUGGCAGUGCUCCUGCUCUUCAGAUGUGCAACAGGAGAGCAAUGGCAGGAGAUUAUGCUGGCAGCGCUGCCAGGACGAAGGUGUGACCCCGAGUCAGAUUAUGAGCCAGGGGAGGAGUACAGCUGUGGCAGCAAUCUGUCCUACCUCUAUUUCAUCAGCUUCUUUGCUCUCUGUGCUUUCCUGAUCAUUAACUUGUUCAUUGCUGUCAUCAUGGACAACUUUGAGUACCUGACCAGGGACUGGACUGUGCUGGGCACUCACCAUCUGGAUGAGUUCAAGAGAGUGUGGUCAGAUUAUGAUCCUGAAGCCACGGGAAGACUCAAGCACUUAGAGGUUGUGAACAUGCUGCGUCGAAUUCAGCCUCCUCUUGGUUUUGGCAAACUCUGUCCUCAUCGGGUGGCCUGUAGGAGGCUGGUCACUAUGAACGUGCCUCUUCAUCCUGAUGGUACUGUGUCCUUCAACGCAACCCUGUUUGCUCUUGUCAGAUCUUCACUCAAGAUUAAAACUGAAGGGCCGAUCGACAAGGAGAAUGAAGAAUUGAGAGCCAUUAUUAAAAAGAUCUGGAAGCGCACCAAGCCUAAACUCCUUGAUGAGGUUAUACCACCCCCUGCAGGAGAGGAGGUGACUGCAGGAAAGUUCUAUGCAAGUUUCCUCAUCCAGGAUUACUUCAAGAAGUACCGUAAGAGGAAGGAAAAAGAGAAAAAGAAGAAGGGCAAGGAUAAGUCAGCUUCCCUUCAGGCUGGGCUGAGAACCCUGCAGGAUUUGGCGCCUGAAAUGAGGCUGGCUAUGGAAAUGGAGGACGGCCAGGAAGAGGUGUUCGAAGGGGACAUGAUAGAAGUGGAGGAGUUCUUCAGGAGUGACAGUGUCUUCAGUGAUGCUCAUCUGUCUCCAACCAUGUCCACCCCUGCGGGCACUUCAUUGCCCCUGCAGUUAGAAGAGGUUAGCGUGAACAUCGAACCCCCUCCACAUGAUGAUACUCUGAGGCUAGAAGAGGCGCUGGAGGACUCUUGGCCGGCCUCGGCUCUCUCUGAUAACGAGGUGGUGCUUGAUCAGCCUCACAGGCUGACUCCUCUGCCCAGAAGGUGGGCCACCAGUCACUCGAAACUCGGCUCAUUGUGGGCUCUAAAUUCCAGCUCAAGGCAAGCACAGUAUUUAUGCAUUGAAAGAAUAAGGAAUGCAGAUGCAUUCAGAUUAGAGACUAGUAGGGUGUACAUACCACCCAGCACCCAGGAGUUACCACCUCCUCCUCCAGAUGAAACAGUGCAGAGUGCAGAAGGUGAAGGACAAGACGUAGGGACAGGAGGAGUAACAAGUGCUACAGAACAGAGUCAAGUCGGCGAGGAAGACACUCGGAGCACAGUGUCACAUGACAGACAGCAGCAUCUAGAAGCUCCUUCCUCAACAGAGACAGUACCUCCUCCAGUCUCCAGUGGCAAUAAUGCAGCCGUGGCAUCAUUACAGCCAGACAACGUUAACAGUAAUGAUUACAAAGUUGCUGCAAAUGGCUAUAAUGGGAAACCUUACUCUACUAGUAGCUACAAUGGGAACGCUUACCAUUCAAAUGGCUGCAAUGGCAAUGUUUCAGCUACAAAUGUCUACAAUGGCAAUGGUUUGCCAACAAAUGGCUACAAUGGCAACAUUUUGCCUAAAAAUGGCUACAAUGGAAGCACAUACCCAGUAAAUGGCUACAAUGGUAAUGGUUACCACAGCAACGGUUACCAGAGCAACGGUUACUCCAGCAACGGUUACAGUGCCAGUGGAUACAGUAGCAACGGAUAUGGUGACAACAAACAAAACAGUAAAGGAUAUGCAAUUCAAAAACGCGUCCUUCCUCCCACUCCUUCAGGACGCAGGCCAAAUUUCACAAUCCAGUGUUUGAGGAGACAAGACAGCAUUGAUGACAUCCCCAUCCCCGGUACUUAUCACCAGAACUCGCCUCCCUGCAGAGCACGAGAGCAGACACAAAACAAUUAUGACUCUCGGCGCAGCAGCAUGUCCUCAGCAGCCUCGUCGUCUUCGUGGGCGAACACUCAGGCGCGGCCGGGCCGUCUGCUCUAUGCUCCCCUCGUCCUGGUGGACGAAGCAGGUGGAACUCGGACCGUUUGGAAUGACACUAAUGGCGGCACCAGCCUGCCAGGUACAGCCCGUCCUGGGUGGCCCGCAAACCAGGGUGUCUCUCUGUCCCAGCAGCAGCAGGCGUAUGCUACUCUGAGGGUACCGUCCCAGCAAGGCCCAGGCUACGUGGAGAAAGGAAGUGCAGACAGCCUCGUAGAGUCGAUCCUAAUAUCCGAAGGCUUGGGCCUCUACGCCAAAGAUCCGAAAUUCGUAGACUUUACUAAGCGAGAGAUUGCUGACGCAUGCAACAUGAGCCUGGAUGAGAUGGAGACUGCCGCGGCUGACUUGCUGAGUCGAGGUACGCCCGGGCAGCCAAUCAGUCGCUUGGAGGAGGAUCUGUCUGACGAAAUUAACUGUGUGAUUUCUUACUGAGGGUUCUCAAUGAAAGAGGAGAAUAUUAGAAAGAUACAUACAAAGAAAGCAGUUUGGGGCAAGAAUGGGUCAACUGCAAGGUGGCAGACUUUCUCUGUGCUACUCUUACAGGUUCACAAUAAUGUACUGACCUGUGCUUUUCCAACAUAUUGAUGAUUAUAUGAUUUUAUCAUCUCUGCUUAGAUGUGAGAAGGAAAGCCUUUGACUGAUUUUCAACUAUGAAUGCACAAGUGCACAGUAUUACAUAAAUAAUGAUUUACCUGACAAUAUGGCACAAUAUAAUCUAACAUAUGUUAGAAAACAUAGCUUAUACACUGGCCAAUACCGGAUCUGCUGACAAUAUGCUUAGCAAAGGUUCUGCUAUUACAGCUCUUUGUAAUCCUGAUGACCCAUCAGUAUUUACCUUUAUUCUGCUUAUAUUCUAUGUUACAAGGAUUUGUGUCUAUUCUAUUAGGAAUGAAUGCCCAGGAAAGUAGUAUUAGCCUUUUAUUGAAACGAUAAAUAGUAAUAGAUAUAUUAAUAGUUUAAAUAGUAAUAGAUUAAAAUGUCUCAUUCUUUAUAAAUGUCUCUUUUAUUUGCCAGUAUAAGUUAUAGUUUUUGUUAUUAGCUCUGUUAUUAUGCUGAAACACCAGAGUUUUAUCUGUGUAAUAAAUUAUUCUACUCUUUUAA